UUAUGGGGAAGUUUUCUUCCCUCAUUCGUUGGUUUUAAGGCAAUGGCAUCCUCUUUGCGACGCAUCUCUCGCCAUGGCAGUGCUCUUCGAUCGACCUUCCUCAGUGGGUCCCGGCCAUUCUCCGCCGACGCCUUAGAGGUCAUCAAGGCCGGCGAGAUCGGCAUGGUCUCUGGGAUUCCCCAAGAACACCUCCAUCGCAGGGUUGUGAUUUUCUCACCUGCAAGGACGGCGACGCAACAAGGAUCAGGGAAAGUUGGGAGGUGGAAAAUCAAUUUUGUAUCCACACAAAAGUGGGAGAACCCACUUAUGGGUUGGACAUCGACUGGGGAUCCAUAUGCCAAUGUUGGUGAUGCUGCACUAAGUUUUGAUAGUGAAGAAGCUGCAAGGGCAUUUGCCGAGAAACAUGGUUGGGAUUAUGUGGUUAAGAAACCCAACACUCCCUUAUUGAAGGCAAGGGCAUAUGCAGACAACUUCAAAUGGAAGGGCCCCCCAAAAGCCGAGGAAUCCGCUUCUCAUUGAUCUUCCUUCUUGACUUCUGUUUUAAGUUUUACAAGACACAUUGCUCAACAAAGCUUGUGAUCUUCUUUGUCUCACAAUUUCUUCUCAAAAAAUCAGUCGUCCCAAAUGAACUACUCGAGUAUAAUAAUUGGGUUACAUGGCUUACAACCUUUUCUUUUC